AGCAGAGCAAGGCUGGUUUGUGGGAGGAAAUGGCUGUGAUGCAAGAGAUGGUGGCCAUUGGGUCUCUGUUAAAGCAAGGCCUGCAUCCAGAAAUAAAAAUGGAGGCCUCGGCAGGCCCUGAACCAGGAGAAGAAAGGGAAGGAGCAGUUCUUCCCCAAACGAAUGUGAAACAGGAGCCAGAGGAAGGACCAUCAGGAAACUGGGAUGCCCAGUUCCAAGAGUUUCUGAGGACUUUCCAGGCUCCUCGUUUGGGAGGGGGAAAUUCACCACUGCCUGAGCAGAGGCAGUGGAAUGACUUGAAAACAUCUCAGACGCCCUCCCAGGAAGCAUCGGACGCCCACAAGUGGCCCAGAGGAUUGUGGGUUCCCCAAAUCCAGACGCAUCUCUCUGGGGCAGCCCUACAGGAGCACGAGACCCAUCUGGGUGUCGGUGAGAAGGGGGUGGAGGCAGCGCUUGCUGGAGAUGUUCCCGCGAUGGAGACGCAGCGGCAGCGCUUUCGGACGUUGUGCUACGAGGAGGCUGGCGGGCCUCAGGAGCUUUGCGGGCGGCUGCAGGAACUCUGCCACCGGUGGCUGAGGCCGGAGACACACACCAAGGAGCAGAUGCUGGAGCUGGUGACCCUGGAGCAGUUCCUGUCCGUCCUGCCACUGGACAUGCAGACCUGGCUCAGAGAAAACAGUCCAGAGACGUGUGCCCAGGCCGUGAGCCUCGCGGAGAGUUUCCUUCUGCGGCAGGGAGAAGCCAACCGUUGGGAACGGCAGGCCACAGGGAUGUCGGAAGAGCCGCCUGUGAAUCCCCUCCAGGCAAGCCGGGCCAGGCUGGGCGCCGGGAAGGCACAGCUUUCCGCAGGAGCUGAGCAGGAGGGCGAAGGGGACGUGAGCUUGUGGGCUGGUGACAGGUGGCUGAGAGAAAGCGACGAACGGAAACUGUUCCUGGAAAGCCUUCAGCAAAUGGAACAAGUGAACGCAACUUUGAAAAACGCCGGGGAGAAAGAUUUCAUGUGUCGGAAAGAAGCUGAUGAGACCCCUGAGGAGGAAAUGGAUCUAUUGGUUCUCUCACCAGGUGUUUGCAAAGGCAGCAGUGAACCCACGAAGCAAGAUAAUGAGAAUGAAAUGAAAUAUGACAAAUGUGGGGAGAGCUGUAUUCGAAGCUCGCACCUUGCUACUCCCAAGAGCAUCGAUAUGGAGGAGAAACCGUACAAGUGUUGGCACUGCGGCCAGAGUUUCAGCAGCAGUUCUGACCUCCUGAUGCACGAGAGGACCCAUGUGGGGGAGAAACUCUAUAAAUGUUCCCACUGUGGAGAAAGCGAGAGAAUCCACACCGGGCAGAUCUCACAUACAUGCUCACACUGUGGGAAGGGAAUCCACGGAGGACCCAGACGUUACAUAUGUUCAGACUGCGGGAAAAGCUACACUCGGAGAUCGGCCUGCUUUAAACACCAGAGAACCCACUUAGGCGAGAAGCCGUACAACUGCUCCGUGUGUGGGGAAGACUUUGGAACCUACUCGACUCUCAAAGUACACCGGAGAAUCCACACUGGUGUCAAGGCUGGAGUGCAACAAUAGAAGCCCACAGCAGGAUAUUGACCAGGAACCUGUGUGCUUCGCCCUGAGCAAGCGACAGAUCUGAGUCACAGCCGGCCUUCAUGUUUCCAGAAAUGCCUCGUACCUCUUCCCUUUGUAAAGGAUGCUUCUGACUUUAUCUCAAAGAGAGACGGUUUUAAGAUCAGUAGAGAAGAUACUGUGCAUUAUCGAUUGUGCCUUAUUUGUUUAUAUACAUGUUUAUAGACCUCUAUACAUUUGUUUCUUGAGAAUAAUAUAUUGAU